AUGAAAUGCUUCGCCAUCCUGCUGCUGGUCAGCUUAGCUUCCACCUCUCUCGCCAUCCUUAAUGAGCAAGAAGAUGAAAUCCACUUGGAGCCUCCGCCCACACAUGCCUGUAAGUCUCAUGUUGGCCACCUUCAGAUCCUAGCUACUCAGCUGAUUCCUGAAAAGGACCAUGUCUCCAUUGAAAACUCUUCUGAGGAAACUCCCAUCUCCAGCGAAGAGCUGGGUUUUGAAGAGGAAGCUGUGAUCAAAUCUACCAGGAGACCAAAGAGUCAAAAGCUCGAGCUGCUUCACCCCAUCCCCCAGGAGGCCAGUUUCAGAAACACUACCCCUCAGUCAGAAGAAACUACGGAAUUCACUCCGAGGACUGCAACCACCCCAGAGGGAACACUGGCCGAGCUCGGCCAUAAAAUCGGGAAGAAUCUGGACAAAAUCAUGAAAGAGACCAUGAGCUAUCUGAAAAGCCUACUCCCUCAUGCCUAUGAAGUCACGAGGCCCUAG